UCGAUGUAAAUAUAACCUCCAAACUCAAAAUUUGUGUACUGCUAUUUUUUCUAAAGAUUUUAAUGUUAUUGUAUUCCAGCAAGAUAGUAUGGAAAUUUUGUUAAUUGAUUUCAACUUUUAAGACGUUUUUGAUUAACAGUUUCAAGUGAAAUUGAAUCCAUGGUUUUGGAAUUGACGUUUGUUAUAUUAAAACCUCACGUUUUGAAGGUGCCAUUUGUCUCAAAGGUAUCAACUCUUUCAACAAUUUUUAUUAUUCUACAGUGGUCGACGGUGGUCAUGUUAAAUUUUGAAUGAUGCCGACCUUGUUUGGAUCCCAUCCAGAGAUUUAUCUGUUUAUGUCCAAGGAUAUCAAUAUCAAUAGACUACCAAUUUUUUUCCAGCGAAGCCAUGAUAGUGAACUAGUGAAGGCAAGCGCUGUCAAACAACCCAUCUACCCUUUCUGCACUGAAAUUCUUCAUAAGCUGCCUCCUGGUGUGAAGCAGUUGGAUGAGACCACCUUCAAGAGAGCCGUCAGGAAGCUGCUUUGUGAUAAGGCAUAUUAUAACGUAAAUGAAUUUAUGAGAGAUGAUAUGAUUUUUUUUAAAAAGUGGUCACUGUUUUAUCUGCCAUCUGAAUUGUUGUUGUGUUAUUAUGUAUAUUUAAAUCGAACUAUAUGACGCCAUCGAUCCCACAAAUAUGGGUAGUGGAUGAAGCAGAAGGAAAUAAAAGAUAUAAUAUUGAAAAAUGGAUUUCUCAUUAUAAGAUCCAAGGAAAAAACUCUUUCUCCUAUUGAUCUUCAAAGGUUCUAUGGGGAGCAUGAAAAGAAAUUCUUCUAUAACAGACUCAUCUCCUUUAUGAGCAGUGGCCCAAUAGAAGCUCUUAUUUUGGCAAGAGAGAACGCAAUUCUUAAAUGGAGAGAGCUGAUGGGUCCUACGCGAGUUUUUGAAGCGCAGUUUUCUGCACCUGACACUAUUCGGGGCAAAUAUGGUCUAACAGAUACCAGGAAUGCAACCCAUGGCUCAGAUUCCACUGAGUCGGCUCAAAGAGAAAUGUCAAUAUUAUUUCCGGAUUUCGACCCUGUACUGUGGCUAAAAGUGAACGAAUCCCAUUUCAAAGCGGAGGGAGAACAAAUUUCGGGUAAAGAUUUCCAUUCGGUGAUCAAAUGAUGUAUAUCAGUAGGUAGCUUGUAUGUUCAAUAAUUAUUACAACUUUACUUAUACUAUUAUUAUAUUCAAUUGCAAACAUGAUUAUUAUGUGAAUUAUGUUCAGGCACAUUAAAUAAAUUAUUUAUUGUUGCUUAAUCGCUUACUGUCCUGUUUCACUUUUUUGAAUAACAAUUUCAAGUCCGGAGUGGAUAUUUGUAAAAAAACACGUCGUUCAUUUUUGAUAAAUUGUUUUAUUUAUAAUUACAACAAAUAAAAGUUUUUAUUUAAAAAACAA